GCGGCCUGCCCGGGCCUCUGCAGCUGGAGCGCCGGCGGAAGUAGGGGCGCCAGCCGCCGUGAAUCUCAGAGUGGUGGGUCGCGAGCAAGAUCCGGCUCCAUGGUCCCAGCACGGGACGCUCGCCCGCGUGUAAGACCCCGAGCGGCGGGAGGCGGCGGGUCCGCGCUGGCAGCACCGACUACUGGGAAGUUCUAGUCCCCGAACACCUGCAUCGGGGAGGGACUGCACUCCCAACGCAGCAGCGGAGACAUCCCUGCGCCCGGGGAUCCUUUCAUGCAAGGAGCUGAAAGUUGAGCUGCCGAGACAGGAAGAGCUUCACAAGGAAAAAGACAAUCCCAGUCAUCUCUGUAUGCCAGGAUGAUGCCGACUCCGGUGGCCACUCCUGUGCCUGUGCUCCGGCUCCCCCGGGGUCCUGAUGGCUCAAACCGAGGCUUUGCUCCCGAUGGACGCAGAGCCCCCCUGAAACCGGAAGUCCCUGAAGUCCUGGAGCCUCCAGAAUCUCAGGAAUUCCGGGAACAGCAGGCUCGAGCCUCCCUUCGGGAGCGCUACCUCCGCAGCCUGCUGGCCAUGGUGGGGCGCCAGGUGUGCUUCACUUUGCACGAGGGUGUACAGGUGAUUGCCCACUUCGGAGCCACCGACCUGGACGUGGCCAAUUUCUACGUGUCGCAGCUGCAGACUCCAAUAGGCGUGCAGGCUGAAGCACUGCUCCGGUGUAGUGACAUUAUCUCAUACACCUUCAAGCCAUAAAGACUUCAUCGUGUUCAUCUUUCUGCCUUGGGCGUAGCUACAGUCUCCCAGGCCUCCAUAUGUUCCUGAGCUUGGACCUCUGGGCCCGAGAGUUCAGAACCCCCUUGGAAAUUCGCACCAAGCUCCAAGCAACUCUGACAUCUCUGGACAUCCAGGGUGUAGUCAGUAAACUUCUGCAAACCCAUGGGUUCUACAUCCUGUUGAAAGGAAUGCUCUACCUCACAGAACUCUCAACUCUACAGAUAUAUGGGCCCCAUGCCAGUUCUUGAAGAUUUGGGACAGAGGGAGGGAAUAAAGGAUAGCAGAUUACCUAAUGGGAAAUUAUCUAUUGAAGAGGGUGCAAAGGUCAGCCACCCUGGAAAUAUUCCCCAAUGCUUCCCUCCUGCCAAGGAAUCAGUUAUCUCAGGAAA